UCAGACAAGUUCAGACCAGUUCGCAGUGAGCCAACAGAACACUGAGAAGACAUCGCGUGCAACUAAUGCAUCAAAACUGUGUUUCUGCGUGUGGAACAUCUACCCGCCACCACUGUAAUUAUCUUUUUCAAACAAGAACGAAAAACGUCCGUGCUGUUGUGAAGGCGAUAUAAGAGGCCUAAACGACUUCUUAUCAUAAAACCAGAUUUUACCAAACGGGUUCGAGGAAGAAAUUACGCUCUAUAUAAUAAUCCUGCGCGCGCUUACUCCCCGCCCCGUGUUUAUGGGAGUUUCCGGGUGCAACGAACGAGCACUUUGCAGAACGGGCGAAGCGUUUCGAUAAAAGUUGGAGCAGGUUACGCACCGAUUGAGAAAUCCAACGCACGAAAUGUCCCUUUCUAAAGACGUAUCUGUAGAAGUCUUUGCAGCCGACUUUGCAUGGGGAGCCUCAACAGCUGCUUACCAAGUCGAAGGUAGAUCUGCAUGUGGGGCCUGGGAUCUGGAUGGUAGAGGUCCCAGCAUAUGGGACAUUUUCUCUCAUACUAAAGGCAGGGUAUUUGAGGACCAGAAUGGAGAUGUGGCCUGUAACAGCUACCGGCUGUGGGACGAAGACCUGAGGUGCAUCCAGCACUUGGGACUCACCCACUAUCGCUUCUCUUUUUCUUGGUCACGGCUUCUUCCUGAUGGAACCACAAAUUAUGUCAAUCCAAAAGGUGUUGCAUACUACAACAAAGUGAUUAAUGACCUAACAGGUAAAGCUAUUACACCAAUGGUCACUCUGAACCACUUUGAUCUGCCUCAGGCCCUAGAGCACCGUGGGGGAUGGAAGUCUCCUGAGAUUGUGGAUGUUUUUGACUCGUAUGCUAGGUUUUGCUUCAAAACCUUUGGAGACAGGGUGAAGUUUUGGAUUACACUGAAUGAGCCUCAGAUAUAUGCCAAACUGGGAUACGAGGAUGGCCUUUUUGCACCAGGCGUGAAAGAGAAAGGGAGUGCCCUUUACCUGGUGGGCCACAACAUGCUGCGUGCCCAUGCUCGAGUCUGGCACAGUUACCAUGCCCACUUCAGACAUCUGCAGAGAGGGAAAGUGUCCAUAGCUCUGAACAGUGACUGGGCCAUGCCAUCAGACCCAGGCUGUCCUGAGGAUGUAGCAGCUGCACAGCGAUACAUGGACUUCUCUCUGGGCUGGUUCGCCUGCCCUGUGUUCUGCACAGGGGACUACCCAGAGUCCAUGAGGUCCAGGAUUGAGGCCAGGAACUUGGAGCUAGACUUCGUGGAUGGCCAGCGGUUGCCAAAGUUUUCUGAGGAUGAGCCCACGGUCUUGGGCACAGCAGACUUCUUUGCCCUGAAUUACUACACAUCGCGGAAAGUGAAGCAAGCGAGCCCUCGACCCGGUGAGCUCAGUUUCGCAGCAGACCAGGGAGCAGAGCGAACAACAGAUCCAUCAUGGCCGAUAUGUGGGGUUUCCUGGCUCGCCGUGUUUCCUGAGGGACUGCGGAAGUUGCUAAGCUACAUAAAGGAGACCUGCAACAAUCCAGCCAUAUACAUCACUGAAAAUGGCUUUGCACAGAUGGGACCCGUUGAACUGGAAGACCUUGACCGCUGCCAAUUUUAUCGGGAUACUCUACAGGAAGUGUCCAAAGCUAUCCGAGACGAUGGCGUGAAUGUAAAAGGCUAUUUUGCCUGGUCUCUCCUGGACAACUUUGAGUGGACGCAUGGCUUCAGCGUACGAUUCGGCCUCUUUCACGUGGACUUCUCCAGAGACGAGCGGAGCCGCACUGUUUACCGCUCUGGUAGAGAGUAUGCAGCUGUGGUGGCCAGACAUCGCGGCCACACCAAGUUCAGCAAGGAUUGAAAGUCAGGCCUCGCAAUAACAGAGGCCUAACUCUCAGGAGAAUAUAAAUAAAGCUGUAAUAGUACUCAGAAGGAAAAUUAAAUAUACUAAAUGAGAGAGACCAUAUUUACAUUAUAUUAUUGAUGCACAGUUUUAAAAAACUAUUCUAAUUGUAUUGCAUUGUCAAAUUGCUGUUCCACUGAAUCAGGAUCAGGGUAAAUUCACUUACAUCUGCUAUUUCAUUACUAAUGAAUAAUCAUUAAAAUGUUACGACAGAUUUUGGUGCCACAUAACAAUACUAAUAAUCUUAAGCCUUGCACGUACCAAACGUAUGUUCAAGUCAGUCAGGGUUUGUUUAGUUGUGCUUAUGUUGUUCUUUUGAGAGGUUCAGCUUUUACCAAUGUCAAAUAGGGGUGAGGAGGGGGUAAUAUUAAGUCAUUGUAUGCUCAGCUAUUAAGUCACAUUGAGUCUUUGCUGGUUCCAGAUUUUAAAGGAGAAAUUGGAGAUGUCAGAUGCCAUCCGGGACACUCCCUGACCUACACCUUUUUCCACUUUUCCCCACCUCCAGCACAGCUGGACCAGCUGAUCAGAUUAUUAUCAGGCCCCUCUGAGUCAGGCCAGGCAUAAUAGGAGAGCAGAGAACCUGGACAAGGGAGGGGUAGUGGGUCUCCUGGACCAGAGCCCAGAACCCCUGGGAUAUACCAGUUUAAUGUGUUUCAUAAAAUUGAAAAGCAAAAGGCAGUCCCAAGUUCUGACUGUACUACUAAGACAUGAAACAUGGGGUUAGAACGGCAAAACAAGCCGUUGUUGCUCUGGAUGAUAAAUAGGUGUUCGAUAACUUUCAGAUUGAUAUCUGCAGAAUAAGCCAAGCUGAAGUAGGCCUAUUGCUUUGUGUGAUCUACUUUGAUAAUUAGUCUGAAUGCUGAAAAUAAGUUGUGGAAUAAAUUAAGAUUGAUUUUG